AUGUCCACCCCGCACAAUCACCAGCCCCCUCACAACCGACCCCAGCGUCAGCAACCACCCCUCUCAUCUCCCUUCGUCUCUCAGCCCGACCUCCGACCGCCAAGGACUGCCCCUCUGAUCCAUCAAAACGUUGCUUACAACCGCUAUCAGGACGACCGGGAAUCCAAUCUCGAGAAGGAUGAGGGAUCCUACUCUCCCCCUCACCUCGACCCCUCCGAGCCGAUCCUCCAUCCAGCAUCGCGGAUCACCCUCAAAUCAGGCGUCCGUUUCGGAGUGGCCCAGUCGAGCAAUGAUUCUCACCCUCAUCUGGCCCCUCCUCAACACGGCAACCCUGACAUGCGCCGGAAGAAAUCGCUCGUCCGUCCAGAUCGUGCUCCCAUCGACCCCACCCAUCGUCUCUACAACUACCGCAACCACGCAGCCGCCAUGGAAGCUGACGAGCGCGGCCGGGUCGAGGUGAGCCAUACCGGUGCAACGGCCAUCGACGGGUCCGCUGCCCUGGCUCAGCAGCCCUUCGACCCGCACCCUCACCCGCUCGAAGAACACUCUCCCAACUCAAACUCACCCGGUCCUAUCAACACCGGCCCCAGUCGUGCCGGCCUCAUGGCCGCCCUCGGUCGUCCAGCCCCGCCCUCAGGCUACUCAGGUCUCGGUGGUGGUGGUGGCGGCGGCGGCGGCGCUCGUUCGGCCGGCGCCGGUGGCCUCCGACGCGGUCAAAGUAUCCUCGCCCGUCGGCCUGGUGAAGCGGAGGAGUCCGGUCUAGCAAUCCUCAAACGAGGAGAAACACUACGACGAACCGGCAGGAAGCGUAAAUCCUCCACCGACUUGACUGAGACGAAUUCAAUCCCUAAACCGCCCGUCUCACCCUGGGCCAUCUACUGCCGUGCUAUCACCUGUUGCUUCCCAGCAUUUGUACUCUCGACGUGUGGAAUCAAGUCAGCCGACCGAGUCAGUGCCUGGAGAGAGAAGAUGGGAAUUCUAUUUCUGAUUUUCACCCUCAUGGCUGCCGUUGCUUUUUUAACUUUUGGGUUUACUCAAACAGUUUGCGGAAAACCACCCCUCCGCUAUCACAGCGGUUCAAUCCAACCCGGCAUGAUCAUAUUCCACGGAGAAACGUAUGACUUCGACAACUUCAAGCACCCUGCAGCACCCGGAAUUACUGGGGGUGACAACCCGGCCUACAGUGCUUUCAAUGCUGGCGGGAUGGAUGGCAGUUUCUUGUUCCAGCGUGUCAACCAGCGGUGUCAAGACAUCAUCACCCCGGCGCCUAGGACUGGCAUUCCAACAGAUGCAUCAGGCAAGCUUUCGUGGUACUUCCCGUGCAAUUUGUAUGGUCAGCACGGUGCCAGUGCAGUCAACAAAACAGGCUAUGCCGAAGGUCGACUGUGUCAUACCAAGGACAACGCUCGACAAGCCCUUGCAAAUAUGAAACCCCUGGGCCAAGUCUAUUAUACGUGGGACGACCUGAAGAACUCGAGCCGGAACUUAGUAGUCUAUGAUUCGAUCGUGCUCGAUUUGGACCUUCUCAAUUGGCUUGAUCGCAGUCAAGUCACGUACCCCGAGGUUUUCGAUGAUUUGAAGCAAAGCAACAAUCCCUUUUCAGGUCAAGACAUCACAAUGCAACUUCUGCGGGCUGGAGGGCAGCAACUCGGCGGCUGUCUCAUGGAUAUCAUUCAAGUAGGCUACAUCGACACCAACACACUGGGUUGUGUAGCUUCGACGGUAGUCCUAUACGCAUCCUUGGUUGUCAUCAUAGGAGUUGUCCUGAUCAAAUGGGCGAUGGCGGUAUGGUUUGCUUGGUUUUUCGGCUGGCGACUUGGCUCGUUCGGCAAGGAGACUGCUGAGCAAAGAGCUCAGCGUGCAGCUGCCAUCGAGACCUGGUCUUCCGAUAUCUAUCGCCCGGCGCCUGCCCGAUAUCGUCCCAACGCACGGAGUGCCAAGAAGUCCCUGCUCCCUAACACCAGUCGGUUCACCGUUAUGGGCAAGCCGGGAGGCGGCUCUGGCCUGGGUGUGGCUGGUGGUGGGGCUCGCCCGAUGAGCACGUAUGUCGGCGAAAUGAACCGGAAAAGCAUGAUGGCUUUUCCAACCAAGCCGACCGGACUCGCCAUGAAGAACUCGCCUCCUCCAACACCCGGCGGCUUGAAUCCAUCCCACAGCGCAGCAUCUCUCAGUCAGGCCGUCGGUUCGCGGCGCUCUUCCUUCCUGCUCGGAACUGGAGGCGGCGGUGGAGGGGGGAGCACUGAAGGCUCUAACAUCAGUCAACCGCCCGGCUGCCCCUUUCCACUCUAUAACGUCGUCCCACAGCCUCCCCCGGACUACGAACCAUUCAACUUCCCCCUUGUUCAUACGAUUUGUCUGGUCACUGCGUACUCUGAAUCCGUCGAAGGUCUUCGCACGACGCUUGACUCGCUCGCCACUACUGAUUAUCCGAAUUCCCACAAAUUCAUCCUGGUCAUCGCUGAUGGGAAAGUUAAGGGGUCAGGCAAUGACAUGACCACCCCCGAAAUCUGUCUGUCUAUGAUGAAGGAUCUGAUUGUCAGACCUGAGGAUGUUGAGGCGAAAAGCUAUGUGGCGAUUGCCGAUGGUCAUAAGCGACAUAACAUGGCCGAGGUCUAUGGCGGCUUCUACUCCUACGACAAUGACACCGUCGAAGUGGCCAAGCAGCAAAGGGUCCCGAUGAUCCUGAUUUCGAAGACCGGUAACGCAGACGAACAGCACGAGUCUAAGCCCGGAAACCGUGGGAAACGAGAUUCUCAAGUUCUGCUGAUGAGCUUCCUCCAGAAAGUGAUGUUUGAUGAACGGAUGACGGAGUUCGAUUACGAAUUCUUCAACUCUAUCUGGAGAGUUACUGGCGUCAGUCCGGAUCAUUACGAGAUCUGUUUGAUGGUGGAUGCCGAUACCAAAGUCUUCCCGGACGCCGUGUCUCGCAUGGCUGCAUGCAUGGUACGAGACUCCGAAAUCAUGGGCCUUUGUGGGGAGACCAAGAUUGCCAACAAGAGUGACAGUUGGGUGACCAUGAUCCAAGGUAUGAUCUCUUGUAAUCUCUCGGAGUAA